AUGUUCUCGUUAUCACUCGCCCUGAUAGCGGUUUUGCUGGGCUCUGUUUAUUGUGCCCCAGUAGAAGAUCUUAUAGCGGUAAGUAGUUCUUGCCUUUUUCAACUUUGACGAUUUGGAAAAAAAUUUGAAACAACUCAAAAUUAAUUUAAUACUAUUUUUUUGAAAAAGACGGUAGCAAAAAGUAUCCUGUGGAACAUAACUCCGAGGGUUUUAUCAAAAAGAAAUAACAGUAAAAAAUGAAAAAGAAUCCUUAUAAUAAUUGAAAAACUGAAGAGAUAUGUUAGUGGAAAAAUAAAAAGGAGCGGUCGAUGACGUUUCAAUAGAGCGCACUUUCUGAAAAACCUUGUUGACAGAGAAAGAGUUCAUGUUGAAUCGGUCGGAAGUUCUUGCAGAGCUAAAUAAGGAAUUCAAUUUGACAACCCGAGUUUUUUUAAUUGUGUUUAUGAUUUUAAUUAGAUAAUUUUGUGUUUAUUUUUUUGAAAAAAAUAAUUGUAUCUUGUUUCAGAAAAAAAGUAAAUAAAAAAAUUGUAAUGGACCCUGUGGAAAACAGAACUGGCAUUUUUCAAUAUUUAAAAAAAAUUUCUAGGAGUUUUGUAAAGUUUUCUUUAGAUAAUUCGUAUUCAAAAAAAAAUUUUUUUGUUUGAUCAGUUUGAUGCAUGCAACAUACUACUUAUAGAUAAUCCAUUUUUUUCUCAAUUAAGUUUUGAUAAGAAGUAUAAGUUUUGUCAAAAUUUCGAAUGAAAAAACCCGUUCUCAAUUGACAGUUUUCAAAAAUUCUCCCAUAUUUUAGACAUAAAUUUACAGAACUUACCAAAUUUGGUGGAACCGCUGCGCUCCAAAAACUAUGCUGGAUAUUUGAACAUUUCAGCAGAUAAACAGUUGUUUUAUUGGUAAAAUUCAAGCUUUCCAGAAUGGAUAUCAAAUAUUUUCAGGUAUAUUGAGUCGGAAAAUGAUCCAGCAAAUGAUCCAGUGGUGCUGUGGCUAAAUGGAGGGCCAGGGUGUUCCUCUUUGGAAGGAACAUUGCUCGAAAUGGGACCUUUCAGGUACGAUUUUACAUCAGUUAAAAAAAUGAAAAAUAUUGACAGAGUAUUUGACCAAGGAAAAACGGUUGCGAGAAACCCGUGGACGUGGAAUAGGGUAAACUGAAUAAGGAUUAGUUCCAAAUUUGGCGCUUUUGAAGUUGGCCAACAUCAUUUAUCUGGAUGCCCCUGCUGGAGUCGGCUUCUCCUUUUACAAUACUACCAAAAAGACUUUCAAUGACGAUCAAGUUGCAUCCGACAAUCACGAUGCACUCGUUUUAUGGUUCCAAGUUUGUGUUGAUCUUUUUUCUUAUCUGAUUAGGCGGAUCAUUUUAAUUAAACUAAUAAAAGAUAGGAAGUUCCAAAACUUAGAAGGAAUGUACUUUACAGAAAUUCCCCGAACGUAAAAACAACUCUUUCUUUGUCGCUGGCGAGUCAUACGGAGGAACAUACGUUCCAACUUUGUCAUCGCUGAUUCUUGACAAAAAACAGUUCCCUUCAUUCCAAGGAAUGCUCAUCGGGAAUGGUUGCCUCGACGAUUCGUUACUUUUCAAUAGUGGAAUUUUGUACGAUUAUUACCAUGGCUUGACUGAUGAGACGUGAGUUUUGAGAAAAUGAAACAAUCUACAAAUCAGUUUUAGACAAUUUCGAGAUGUGAUAAAUAGUUGUUGUGAUAACUCGAUCGCCUGUGACUUCUAUAAAAACUCGUUCGGCUUCAGUAAAUGCGCUAAUAUGGUUCGAAACUUGCUUUCUUGGAGAAAUCGAUUUUAUUCAGACGAAUGAUCUCAGCGAAAGCAAGUACUACUCGGGACUCGAUCCUUACUUUCUGUACUUCAAAUGCUACCUGAAUGAACCAAACUACGACAGACCUGAUGAAAUGAAGGCAGCUGUUCAAGAAAGGAGAGAAACUGGAAAACCAUCCAUUCAAAAAAGAAGAAUUGUUCAAAAAUUGGUUUGAUUUCAUAUUUCUUGGCUCUGCUAACUAUUGGAAAGGAAAUUUGAAGGACUCCAUGCCUUCGUGUGCCCACCACAAUGACUAUGUCGCAUACUUGAACAUGCCCGAAGUCAGAACGGCAUUGCGAAUUCCUUCUUAUAUUCAAAAUUACUCCAGCUGCAGGUUGUUUUCUCAGCAUUUUCAUUAAUUGAGGGAUUUAGCAAUGUAAUCGCUAUGAAGUAUGUUAGUCAAUACACGACAAUGACACCUUUCUUUCAGAAGAUAAUGAAAGCAAAAAAACGGGUAACUGAAAUUUGAUAUAAAGCGUCUAGAAUAUAAAUUUAAGAUAACUUUGUUCAAUGGGGACGUUGAUUCCAUGUGCAACGUUGUUCACAACCAACAGUUCAUAAAAAAUUUGAACAGGACCCUUUUGAUGCCUUCCACUCCGUAUGUUGAUUACAAACAAAUACCAUCAACCAUCGGACUGCAAACAAAAUAUGAUGGUAAGAUAUUGAGAAGGCUAUAUAGAUUCAAGAAAGUGAGCUUGAAGGUGUUGAACUGGUGACAAUAGUUGGGGGAGGACAUUUCCCUGCAGUUUUGGCUCAGAAGCCGAAAGAAACAUUCCAGAUGUUCUCAAACUUCCUCCGUAACAAAAGCUACAGUACACAGGUGGACGACGACAAACCUCCUGUAAAAUUCAAAUCUUUGUUAUAAAAUGAGUCAAUUUUUCUUUCAGGUUGGAAAGGCUGCUGGUUAUCGUUCUAUUAUAACUUCCUUCUUGAUGAUUCUCAUCACAAUUUUUCUUCAGUUCAAUUAA